AUGACUUCUUUGAUCUGUCUCUCGAUUGUCUUAAAACUCUGUGCGGUCGGCUCCUCUUCCGUCGCCGCCUACGGGCGGCCGACAGCGAAUCAUCGUCGACGAAGGCAUGGUGCGUCCUGACAAGAGGCGGGGAGAGCCUGUUUCUCUUCCUCCCGCUCGUUAGUGCUCCUCCACCACUGUCUAACGCGACCUUCGCAUCUCUGCUCCGCGAGCUGCGUGAAACGCGGGAAGAGAGAGCAAAAAAUGCACUUUUGGAAACUGUUUAGCACCUCCUUCAGUCCGACUCGACCGCCCCUGCCUGUGCAUUCGGCGUCGUCGAGGGGGACGGACUUUGUAUGUCUUUUCUCGUUUUUCUGUCCCGGCCCAACCCUCCUUUUAUAAUUUUGCAUAUUGGGGGUGGACCUUUCGGUUUUGUUUUUUUAAGUUUGGUUUCGUGAGGUAUCGUUCGUAUUCAAAUUCGAGUUUGACAAUCGAGACGUAGUCGAGAACAUUUAUGCGUUUGAACAUUAUUUUUAUUAUAGCAACUUGAAAGUUGACAUAAAUCAUCUCACAGUACAGUAUACUCUAGUAAAUUACUUACGAAUUAUAGUAAAGCUGGCGCCGAAUCGUCAAAAUCAACACAAUGGCCAAGCCAACGGUCCCAAGAAUAACACAGUAAUCACAAACACAGGCCAAACUUUAUAUCAGCUCUCAUCCAAUCCGUCCAACAUGGUUAGUUAGCAGUUUGAAACGUAGAAAACACCUAUUGUUAAACAAGCUAGUCCAACUAUUUAUAGGUUUUGGUACAGAAUCCUCAGGUCGCUACGCCUGUUAGUCAAGUGAUUAAUGGUGGGCCCAACAAUAGUCAGCAGAGAAUCAUCUUCAUACCUAAUCGACCGCAGACUUCUGCCACCCAGCCCAUGAACACCAGCCAACCAGUUUAUCUAUUCCAGAACGGGUCUCAGUCCAGCCAACCUGUAAGCGUUUGUCAUCAGUAUCACUUCUACUUCCGCAGCCUAACUAAUUUUGGUUUUUUCUCUUAUUUUGAUUAAUAUCAAGUUUUUCAAUCUUUUUUCAGAUAUUGAUACCUGUCAUUCCCAGCCAACCGAAUAAGCCCCAGCUUGUGCAAGUAGCCACUUCGAUGUCAGGAGCUCCCACUACUGGUGUUAGCCAAAUGGUCUUAGCCCCCGCCGGACAACAAGCUCCCAUCCAGGCGCAACAACCUCCUCCACAGCAACAACGGUUCAUAAACAUCGCCAAAACGGAAAGUAAACCAGAACCCCAGAACCAGUUCGUGCAUAUUAUGCAGCCAGCUCAGAUACACAAGCCACCUCAAGUCAUGAAUCCCUCCCCUCAACGUCCUCAACCCCCAUCUCCCAGCAAACAAGGCUCCUCUGGCGGACAGCAAAGAAUAACAUUAGGUAAGUGAGCAAAGAAGUAAGCGAAUCUUAUUGUUUAGGUAACCUCCACUUCAAGCAGGACCCUAAUGAUCCUCUCAAAUGGAUCAUCACUAAUGACUCUGAUCAGCCAAACAACUCUGCCCCGCCACCGGUCCAGAACACACCUCCAGCCAGACAGACGAUCACACCCAGCAGUUCUGGAGGAAUGUUCAUGUCACCUCCCGACUCAGUGAAUGGCACCAAAAAGCAGGCCAAACGCAUUGCUUGUAAUUGUCCCAAUUGCCAAAGCAAUCAGAACAAACCGUAUGUUUCUGUCGAUUCGAAAUUUUAUUUUUAAAAACUUAUUUUCUCAUAAAAUGGGAAAUUAAGAUUCUCACUAUUGUUAUCAACGGCAAAAACUGUUAAUCUUAUAAUUUCAGAAACGGGGAACGACAACGCCUUCAUAUUUGCCAUAUCUGCAACAAAACGUAUGGCAAAACGUCCCAUCUACGUGCACAUCUUCGUGGUCAUGCAGGUAACAAACCGUUUGCAUGCGACUGGAACAUGUGCACCAAGAAGUUCACGAGGUCAGAUGAGCUACAACGGCAUAGACGGACACACACCGGCGAGAAAAGAUUUGUCUGCAAUCAGUGCAGCAAGAAGUUCAUGAGGUCAGAUCACUUAUCCAAACACAUACGGACUCACAGCAACCCCAGGACGACGGCUCAAGUACGUCCAGAAGUCAUUGGUCAUGUUGCAUCUUCUCAACUUAUGGAAUAA